UUGUAGGAGAGUUGGUGGGACACACUGAAAGAGUAUCUGGCUUCACUUUUUCUCAUCACCCUGGACAAUACAACCUCUGUGCCACCAGCUCAGAUGAUGGGACUGUGAAAAUCUGGGAUGUAGAGACCAAGGCAGUGGUGACAGAGCACUCACUCCAUCAGCACACAAUAUCAGCACUGCAUUGGUCUCCGACAGUUAAGGACUUAAUAGUCUCCGGGGAUGAAAAAGGAGUUGUUUUCUGUUACUGGCUUAACAGAAAUGACAGCCAGCACAUCUUCACGGAGCCCAGGACCAUUUUCUGUCUUACUUGUUCGCCUCAUCAUGAAGAUUUAGUAGCCAUUGGCUACAAGGAUGGUAUAGUGGUUAUCAUUGACAUCAGUAAGAAGGGAGAAGUCAUUCACAGGCUUCGGGGUCACGAUGAUGAAAUCCACUCCAUAGCCUGGUGUCCUCUGUUUGGUGAAGACUGCUUAUCCAUAAACCAAGAGGAAAACUCAGAAGAACCUGACAUUCCAAAUGGGAAACUUAUAGCAGAAACCCCCAUCACAAAAGGCUGCUACUUAGCCACGGGAAGCAAGGAUCAGACCAUUCGAAUCUGGAGUUGUUCCCGAGGACGGGGUAUAAUGGUUUUGAAAUUGCCCUUUCUGAAAAGAAGAGGAGGGGGUGUGGACCCAACAGUUAAAGAACGUCUUUGGUUAACACUUCAUUGGCCCAAGAACCAGCCAACACAGCUGGUAUCCAGUUGUUUUGGAGGUGAGCUGCUGCUGUGGGACCUCACCCAGUCAUGGAGGCGGAAGUACACGCUCUUCAGCACUUCAGCAGAAGGACAGAAUCACUCCAGAAUUGUGUUCAAUUUGUGUCCUCUGAAGACUGAGGAUGGCAAGCAGCUGCUACUGUCCACAUCCAUGGACAGAGAUGUAAAAUGUUGGGACAUGGCCACCCUAGAGUGCUGUUGGACAUUGCCUUCUCUUGGAGGUUUUGCCUACAGCCUGGCCUUUUCUCCUGUGGACGUGGGCUGCCUGGCCAUAGGUGUUGGGGACGGCAUGAUCCGGGUGUGGAAUACGCUCUCCAUAAAGAACAACUAUGAUGUAAAAAACUUCUGGCAAGGUGUCAAGUCCAAGGUUACAGCGUUAUGCUGGCACCCAAACAAGGAGGGCUGCUUGGCGUUUGGAACUGAUGAUGGAAAAGUAGGAUUGUAUGAUACCUGUUCCAACAAACCUCCACAGAUUUCAAGCACAUAUCAUAAGAAAAGAGGGGAAGGAGACAGGCCUUCCCUCACCUUGUACAGCUGUGGAGGGGAAGGCAUUGUGCUGCAGCAUAACCCCUGGAAGCUCAGUGGCGAGGCCUUCGACAUCAAUAAACUCGUGAGGGACACCAAUUCCAUCAGAUACAAGCUACCUGUGCACACAGAGAUCAGCUGGAAAGGAGAUGGCAAAGUCAUGGCUCUUGGCAAUGAAGAUGGAUCGAUAGAAAUAUUCCAAGUCCCCAACUUGAAAUUGCUCUGCACCAUCCAGCAGCACCACAAGCUGGUGAACGCCAUAGUGUGGCACCACGAGCACGGCAGCCGUCCAGAGCUGAGCUGCCUCAUAGCUUCUGGCUCCAACAAUGCAGUCAUCUACGUGCACAACCUGAGAACGGUCCUAGAGAGCAAUUCUGAGUCUCCAGUAACCAUCACAGAGCCCUUCCGGACCCUCUCGGGGCACACAGCCAAGGUUACCAGUCUGGCGUGGAGCCCUCAUCAUGAUGGAAGGCUGGUAUCUGCUUGCUAUGAUGGCACAGCUCAGGUGUGGGACGCCCUUCGGGAAGAGCCUUUGUUCAAUUUCCGAGGGCAUCGAGGCCGGCUGCUAUGUGUGGUGUGGUCCCCAGUGGACCCAGAAUGCAUCUACUCGGGUGCAGAUGACUUCUGUGUAUACAGGUGGCUGACUUCCAUGCAGGACCAUUCCCGGCCUCCUCAAGGGAAAAAAUGUAUUGAACUAGAGAAAAAACGGCUCUCUCAACCUAAGCCAAAACUUAAAAAGAAGAAAAAACCCACCUUGCGACUACCUGUAAAGCAAGAUUCAUCCAUUGGCAAUGAAGAAGAGAGUAUAAGGGAGAACUCAGGACCCAUUGAGAACGGUGUGUCAGACCAGGAUGGUGAGGAGGAAGCCCAAGAGCCAGAGUUGCCACCGUCUCCAGUGGUUGCUGGUGAAGCUGUUUCCUGCACUGCUGUUUCCAUGGGUUUUGAAAAGUCAAAAGUCACAGUUAGUAACAAAGCCACCUCACUAAAAAAGGAGCCACCUAAAGAGAAGCCAGAUGCCUUGCUCAAGAAGAGGAAGGCUCGCUCCAUGCUCCCCCUGAGCACAAGCUUAGAUCACAGAUCCAAAGAGGAGCUCCAUCGAGACUGUUUGAUACUAGCAACUGCAACACAUGCCAAAGCAGAGCUAAAUGAAGAUGUGUCUGCUGACCUUGAGGAACGGUUCCACUUGGGCCUUUUCACAGACAGGGCUACUCUGUACAGGAUGAUGGAAGCAGAAGGGAAAGGUCACUUGGAAAGCGGCCACCCUGAGCUUUUUCACCAGCUCAUGCUCUGGAAAGGCGAUUUGAAAGGCGUUCUCGAGGCAGCCGCAGAGAGAGGAGAGCUUACAGACAGUCUCGUGGCUGUGGCACCAGUAGGUAUGUGCUUCUUGAAAAAGUGUCUUGCAUUCAAGAAUGUGCCAUUGAAGGUGCCUCAGCACAGCCAGCACCUGGGAGGCUGGGGCAGAGGAAUCACCAAUUCCCAGCCAAAAAGAGAAAAGGUGACUUGGCAAUAUUUGCCUUGGGCCGUGGAAGCCACAGGCAAGCAGCUGUGUUUCCAGGAUCAGUAUGUCAAGGCGGCCUCUUACCUGCUUUCCAUCCACAAAGUGUAUGAAGCUGUGGAACUUCUCAAGUCAAAUCAUUUCUACAGAGAAGCUAUUGCAGUUGCCAAGGCUCGGCUGCGCCCUGGUGACCCCGUUCUGAAGGACCUGUACCUGAGCUGGGGUUCCAUCCUGGAGAGAGAUGGCCACUACGCUAUUGCAGCCAAGUGCUACUUAGGAGCCACUUCCGCCUAUGAUGCAGCCAAAGUUCUGGCCAGAAAAGGAGAUGCAGCCUCGCUCAGAACAGCUGCAGAGCUGGCUUCCAUAGCAGGAGAAAGUGAGCUGGCUGCUUCCCUGGCUCUCAGAUGUGCCCAGGAGCUGCUUCUGGUGAAGAACUGGGUGGGCGCACAGGAAGCCUUGGGGCUUCUUGAAAGCUUGCAGGGCCAGAGACUGGUCUUCUGCCUCCUUGAGCUUCUGUGCCGGCACUUAGAGGAAAAGCAGCCUCCAGAGGUCAGAAGCCCCUCCUCCGUUUACCACCAGUGGGCCACAGGCUCUGAAGGAACCUUGGUGCAGAGAGUGACUGAUGUGUGGCGCAGUACCUUGAGUGUGGACACCCCGGAGCAGUGUCGGGCCGCCUUGCAGAAGCUGCAGGAUGUCAAAUAUCCAUCUGCAACAAGUAACACUCCCUUCAGACAGCUGCUGCUUCAUGUCUGUCAUGACCUGACCCUGGCAAUGCUGAGCCAACAGGCUGCCUCCUGGGAGGAGGCUGUGCCAGCACUGCUGCAGGCUGUGCUUCGGAGCUACACCUCAGGGAACUUCACCCUCAUGCAGGAAAUCUACUCAGCUUUUCUCCCAGACGGCUGUGACCACCUACGAGACAAACUUGGUGACCUAUCUCUUGCUACUGCAGCUUUCAAAAGCUUAGAGGCCUUUUUUAUUUACGGGCAACUAUAUGAAGUCUGGUGGGCACUCUGUGGGCCUGUCCCUGAAUCCAGCAUCUGGGUGAAAAGCACAGCCUCUGAAGAGCAGGGGGAGCCAGAGGACAGUACCAGUGCCAAAGAUACAGAGCCUGGGGCUACUGCUCUGCCACAGUCAAGCCAGCCUCCAGACCCAGGCCUGAAGCUCAGUGCAGAGACUGAGCAUUUACUUAGUGCCUGCAGAGAGCUCUUCUCAGAAAGGCACGCCAGCCUCCAGACCUUCCAGAGGACUGUUGCUGAAAUCCAAGAGACACUGGCAGAAAUGAUCCGCCAGCACCAAAAGAGUCAGCUCUGCAAGGCCAUGGCCGACGGCCCCAACAGAGAUGAUCCCAGCCAGGAAACAGAGCAGCUACCUUCCCAACCUCAGAGCCCAAGCAGAGAAGAAAGAAAGACACCAGUCUCUCUCCCUGAAUUAACCAGAAGACUCACAGAGGCAAAUGAGAGAAUAGCUGAGUUUCCAGAGAGUAUAAAGGCCUGGCCCUUUCCAGAUGUGCUGGAGUGCUGCCUUGUCUUGCUUCACAUCGGGUCACAGUGUCCUGGUGCCGUGAACCCUGAGAUGCAGCAACAGGCCCAGGAGCUCCUUCAGAAGUAUGGCCACACUAGAGCUUACAGAAGACACUGCCAGACCCUGCACACAUGAACUACCAGAGGCCAUAAAGCUGUGUCACACAAGUUGUGACAGCUUUCUUCUCAGUCAGAGUUCACCAGGCCUUCACCCUGAUCUUCAACGGAAAGAUGCUGUGAUCCAACUGACAGCUGAGGGUGAAGCUUGAGUCCACUCACAGUGGAUCCUGCCUGGGCCCCCCCAAGUGGCUCCUGUAAUGGAGCAAACCAGCCCUCACCAAGACCGUCGACUCAAGCCUUCUCAAGCCUUACGUGGUGUCCCCAGAGAGAAGCCUUUGUAUUCACCCAAAGUCUGUUUCCCAGAUGCAGCUGCCUUUAUAAACCCUCACCAUCGAAGGAAGUGUCUCCUUCUGUGGGAGGUGCACUUGACAUGAUUAUCACUGUUGGGUGGGGCUUCUUAGUUAUUUGUUAGCUGGGCCUUCUCACCUCUCAAAGACUAAAGGAAUUAGCCUUGCCCAUCCUGUUGACUCUCAUUAGGUCAACAGUGAUUUUAUUUUAUGGAGUUGCUUAUAUGGACAAAUGGCUAAAGCUUUCUGAAAACAGAGCUAAUGAGGCCAUCUGUUGUCCUCCAGGUUUUGUGACAUGACUAAUGGUGGUCAGACAGCUCAGGAAAAAAAAAAAUCACUGCUAGUGGUUCUUUAAUCUUCUGGGGUCAUAAACCCCUUUUUUGGGAAUUGACUAAAACACAGCCUGGAGAACAAUGCAUAUUUCUUCAUUUUUAUGUGUGACUCCCAGGUCAUUACACUUACACUUUACACCCUGAACCCUAAGUACUAUUUACUCACCAGCUCUGGGCCUGCUGCUAGUUCCCACCCAGCAAGACAGGUCAGUGGCUGAUGCCUCCACUGGCACUGAAAAGCAGACAUGUUCAGGUUGCGUGGGCCUAGCAUACCUUCUCCUGUCUCUUGAGGUCCAUUGUGAAGGCUUCAUCUGUGGGCAGCAAGAAGUUUUCCCAGCUGGAACUCCAUGGGAUGUGCUGCAUCUUGAGUCGGUUGUGUAUCUAGCUUUGGGCUCUAAAACAUGCUAAAACCAAAAUAAGGAAGUACUGUACCACUGUGUGAAGGCUAGGAAGAUGCAUUGGUCUUAAAGGCAAGAGUCUUGAGAAAGAUGCCAGUAGGCUUGACUACAUAGAGGACUGGAUAGUUCCAAGCAAUUUCAUCUACAGAAUGGGAAAAGCUGGUCCCCUCCACUUGAAUAAAGAGUAGUUGGUAAACUACAAACUCA